UGACUACACCCAGUAUAGGAAGCAAGGUAUGAUGGACUUUAAUCGCCUUCGCGGCCUGAUGUCGUUCGAUCUUCGCAAAGGUGAGAUGCUGAUCACAAACGGUUGGUUUCCAAAAAUUGUGGCUGGUUUUAAACAAGAGUGGCUCAGUAAGACUAUCCCUGAUAAGCUGAGACCGCGCUAUCUGAAAUGCAUUCAAGGAUACAUUUGCUUGCACAUCAUACAGACAAUGCAGCGGACAAUUGAGCAUGCUAUAGAUGUGUUUGGCGAUCCAUUGCGCAUUCCAUUCAUCCGGGUGGAUCUUUUCUUUGAAACGGAAACCGAAACUUUUCCGUCAUUGAUCGACAUCUUUGCUACUUUCCAUGGCGUUCUGGAUGACAUCUCAAAAAUCGCCCAGCAUCUCACACCACUAGAAUUGGCGAUAGGCAAACAAACAGAUGUGACCUUUAUCCCUGUAAUUUUGCCAGAGUGGUAUGUAGAACAAGUUCAUUUUCGUCUUCAAACCAUAUUAGAAAAUAUUUUUCGUCCAAUGGUGAGUUACAUUAAUAGUUUUACUGAUGAAUAUUCGAUCCUGUAUAGUAGGGAAGCUCUUAAUAGAAUCGAAAAUUUUAUUGCUGAACACCAAACAUUCGAAGAAGGGCGUUCUGAGAUACAAAAAUACAAUAAUAUUAUUUACGAUCUUCAUGGAACAGUUAAAAAUGUUUAUUUCGAUAUGGUUAAACUUUGUCAGGAAGACUUUUUGAAUGCUAUGAUUAAUUGUGCAGAUAACAUCAGGAACGACAUUUUGUCUGGAAUGCUUGAAGCUCAUAGACGAGUAAAUUUAAAUAUUUGCAAGCAAUUUGAAGAUAUAAAAGAAUAUGCACUGAAAAUACCAAAAAAUACCGAAGAACUUAUGGAAAGUGGAGUUUACAUGCUCUGGGCAACUACUACAUUCAUGGAAGAAAUAAAGGCAAAAAUUGCUGAUUCGGUGGCCCUAACAGGGCAAUUUAUGGAACUAACAACAUUAACCAAAGAGCACGUUGCUUUAAAUACUGCAACAAUAAAUUGGGUCAGUGAUAUUAAACCAAUCUUUGAAACGAAUUCAUCAAAUUAUGAAGCUUAUAAAUUUGAAUUUGAGGAAAACCUUGUCAGAGCACAGGAAAAGUUACGAGAUGAUAUGAAUAAUUUGGUACCGUUGCUUUCUUACUUUGAUAUGAUGGACGAUUUGAACAAUAUAAAAAUAUACAUUGAAUUUUUAAGAAAAUUUGUGAAGAAACUCUUUAUAUUUGAAAGUGAUAAAGAAUGGAUUAAUCAAGAAGAGAGUCUCUUCAAAUUCCAGCAAUCCGAAUUUAAAUUAUUAAGUGAAAUGAAAAAUUUUGUUAUGCCAUUUUACAAUCUUAUAUAUCUUUGUUUCAAGUGGCAAAGAUAUUACUAUACAUGGAUGGAUGGUCCAUUUGAAUAUCUGGAAGGCCCAGUUGUUGAAGAAAUUACUGAUGAUUAUAUAAAAAAUAUUAUGAGAAUUAGUAAAACUUAUAAAAAUAAAAUUCGCCAAGAUAUUCUUGAUGGCGCUCCUCUGUGCUUUAAGGGUAUUGUAGAUGAUCCUAUUCCCUCAAAUCUGCCAGCACCUUUGAAACUUUGCACAAGUUUAAUAAAUCACGUCAAAGGUUUUCGAAGCUAUGUACCAAUAGUGACGGCUCUAUGUAAUCCCACAUUGAAACAAAGGCACUGGGAAGAAAUGUCUAGCAUUAUAGGUUUUGACUUAACUCCAGAUGCUGGUACUACUUUGCGUAAAAUGAUUGAAUUAAACUUUGGACCUGCCUUAGAACAAUUUGAAAUAAUAAGCGUUGGUGCCAACAAGGAACAACAACUAUUUACGAAUUUACAAAUUAUGAUGUCUGAAUGGAGUGGAGUUAAUUUUUCGACUAGUGUAUAUAAAGAUACCGGUAUAACUAUAUUAAGCAGUUUAGAUGACGUGCAAGCUGUUUUGGAAGAUCACAUUGUUAAAACGCUGGCCAUGAGAGGUUCGGCUUUUGUAAAACCAUUUGAAUCUUCAGUCAGAGAAUGGUAUGAUAAACUAGUCCGAGUUAAUUCUACAAUUGAAGAGUGGGGUAAAGUUCAAGCUCAAUGGCUAUAUCUAUUACCCAUAUUUUCAUCAAAAGACAUUGUUGCGCAAAUGCCUGAGGAAGGUGUUUUAUUUGCUGAUGUUGAUGGAACAUAUCAGCGCUACAUGCAAGUUGUUAGUAAAGACCCAAGGGUUUUAGAAACCGCUUCCCUCCCUGGUCUUUUGGAAGCCCUACAAGCUUGUACUGAACAUCUAGAAACAAUAAACAAUGGCGUUAAUGCAUAUUUAGAAAAAAAGCGUUUAUAUUUUGCCCGAUUCUUUUUCUUAUCUAAUGAUGAAAUGCUUGAAAUUUUAUCUGAAACCAAAGAUCCUUUGCGAGUGCAGCCUCAUUUAAAGAAGUGUUUCGAAGGAAUAAACAAGCUCAGAUUUGAUGAUAAUCUUAAUAUUAAAGCUAUACUAAGUGCGCAGACUGAAAUUAUAGAAUUAGUUGAUGAAGUGUCUACCGAAGAAGCACAUGGCAGUGUUGAAAAGUGGUUAUUGCAAGUUGAAGAACAAAUGCUGAAGUCAGUUCGACAAGAAAUUGAUAACAGUUUUCUGGAUUAUGCAGAAACUAGGCGAGAAGUAUGGGUUACAAUUUGGCCAGGACAAGUAGUAUUAUGCGUAUCUCAGAUUUAUUGGGCUACUGACGUUCAUCGUAGUAUGGAAGUCCAUAAAGUAUCCGAACUGGAACAUUUUCAUGAUACAUUAGUGAAACAAUUGAAUGAUGUAGUAGCGCUUAUAAGAUCUCCUUUAUUAACGAAUCUUGCCAGGAUUACAAUAAAAGCAUUGAUUGUAAUUGAUGUUCAUGCUAAAGAUGUUGUACAAGAGUUGAUUGAUAAAAGAAUUACUUAUGAUACAGAUUUCCAAUGGCUCGCUCAAUUGAGAUAUUACUACCAGACUGUAGUUCUAGUUAAAAUAACAAACGCUUGUGUUAAUUACGCUUAUGAAUACUUAGGAAAUACAGAUCGUUUGGUUAUAACACCUUUAACUGAUCGUUGUUAUCGCACGUUGAUUGGCGCUUAUCAUUUACAUUUGAAUGGAGCUCCUGAAGGCCCUGCUGGCACAGGAAAGACUGAAACAACAAAAGAUUUGGCGAAGGCUUUAGCAGUGCAGUGUGUUGUAUUUAAUUGUUCUGAUGGGUUGGAUUAUAAAGCUAUGGGAAAAUUUUUCAAAGGCCUUGCAGCUUGUGGGGCCUGGGCUUGCUUUGACGAAUUUAAUAGGAUAGAAUUGGAAGUAUUAUCCGUUAUUGCACAACAAAUUCUCUGCAUUAUUCAAGCAGUCAGAAGCCAUGUUGAAACAUUUAUUUUUGAAGGUACCGAAUUACAUCUGAAUCCUAAUGUAUAUGUAUGUAUUACGAUGAAUCCUGGUUAUGCGGGUCGUUCAGAACUUCCGGAUAACCUCAAAGUUUUGUUUCGAACUGUUGCGAUGAUGGUACCCGAUUAUGCAAUGAUAGGCGAAAUUUCUCUGUAUUCUUUCGGAUUUGUAACAGCACGCACGCUUUCUGUGAAAAUCGUAACAGUUUACAGAUUAUGCUCAGAACAAUUAUCUUCACAAAAUCAUUAUGAUUAUGGAAUGCGUGCCGUGAAAACAGUUUUAUCCGCUGCCGGAAACAAUAAGAGAAAAUUCCCAGAUGAAAAUGAAGACAUAUUAUUAUUGCGUUCAAUUACUGAUGUGAACUUACCUAAAUUUUUGUCAUUCGAUGUCCCAUUGUUUCAAGGUAUCAUUUUGGAUUUGUUUCCUGGCAUAACGUUACCAGAAGUGGAUUACGAAAUUUUCCUGAAAGCGUUGCACGAAGUUUGUAUCGACAUGAAGUUGCAAGCCAAAGAUAGCGUUAUUUUAAAAGUAAUUCAGACUUACGAAAUGAUGAUUGUACGCCACGGCUUUAUGCUUGUCGGAGAACCGUUUUCAGGUAAAACGUCCACAUUAAAAGUUCUUGCAGCUACCAUGACUAAACUUUUCAAUGAAGGUCGCGGAUAUGCUAUUACUCGGUAUGAGUUUAUAAACCCUACAAUAACUAUGGGUCAACUGUAUGGAAUGUUCGAUCCUAUUUCAUACGAAUGGACUGACGGAAUAGCAUCUACGAUAUUUAGAGGAUUUGCUAAUGAUCCUACGCCCGAUCGUAAGUUUCUGAUAUUUGAUGGUCCUGUAGAUGCCGUAUGGAUAGAAAACAUGAACACAGUCUUGGAUGACAAUAAGAAGCUUUGUUUAACUUCUGGAGAAGUCAUAACCAUGACCAAUGUGAUGUCAAUGAUUUUUGAAGUAAUGGAUUUGGCGCAAGCAUCUCCAGCUACAGUAUCACGGUGCGGCAUGAUUUAUAUGGAACCGUCUAGUUUAGGAUGGGGUUCAGUUUUUGAAUCAUGGCUGUUGUGCGCAAAUCCCGUGUGGGUCGAAGGAUGUGAACGACUUUUACGAGAAAUGUUUAUUUGGUGUGUUACUCCUUGCUUAGAUUAUAUACAUAGAAAUUGUCGUCAUCUUGUAUAUUCUGGAGAAAUAAAUCUGGUCGUCAGCACAAUGCGUAUAUUCGAAAUGCAAUUAAACGAAGCGUGCUCUGAAAACGAGCCGGAUGAAAUAGCUAAAUAUAAACAUUGCUGGUUUCAAGGUGCGAUGAUGUAUGCACUUAUAUGGGGUCUGGCAGGCAUUUUGGAUUUUGAUACGAGGAACAAAUUUGAUGCAUUUUGCAAAACUUUAUGGAAAGAAGAAGAUGAAAAUAAUCCGAUACCUCAGGUUAUGGAAUCAAUCGAAAUUGCUGUUCGGAGAGGAAUACUAUUUGAUUAUAUGUUUGUUUAUAAAAUGAAGGGCGUUUGGAAAUAUUGGCCGGAUAUCAUAAAAGCUAUUCGCACUGAAGAAAGCUCUACAGUCACUGCUCAAGUUAUUCCUACAAUAGAUACAGCUCGUUAUAGUUAUCAGUUGGACUAUCACGUUCGACAUAACGUGCCAAUGCUUCUUGUGGGACCUACUGGAACUGGAAAAAGUUUUUAUAUCCAGAGUUUUCUUAUGAAUAAAUUAUCCGAAGAAAAAUUUGAACCGGCUUUCAUAACAUUCACUACACAGACGACGGCAUAUUUAACACAAGAUUUAGUCAUUUCCAAGCUACAGAAAAAGAAAAAGGGCAUAUACGGUCCAACCAAAGGGAAAAUUUGUGUAAUUUUUAUUGACGAUCUGAACAUGCCUGCAAAAGAAAAAUAUGGCGCCCAGCCGCCAAUCGAACUCAUUCGACAAUAUUUUGAUCACAAACACUGGUUUGAUUUAAAAGCAGCUUCAAAACUAUAUGUACGGGAUGUUUUAUUUGUAUCGGCUAUGGGUUUGCCUGGAGGUAGUAGACAAGUUAUCUAUCAUCGUUUUUUGCGACAUUUUUGUAUAUAUUCGAUCAAUGAAUUUUCCGAGGAAAGUAUGCAUAAGAUAUUCAGUUUAGUGCUUCUAAGCGGUCUUAGAAAAAACGGAUUCUCUACUGACGUCAUGUUUUCAAUUAAUCAGAUUGUCGCCGCAACAUUAAAUAUUUAUAAAAUAGCUAUGGCCGAAUUGCUACCCACACCUCUUAAAUCUCAUUAUGUUUUUAACUUAAGAGAUAUUGCUCGAGUAAUCCAAGGAUGUGCUUUAAUAAGAAAAGAAUCAGCAGAAAAUCGAAAGGUAUUUGCUAGAUUGUGGGUUCACGAAGUUCUAAGAGUGUUUGGUGACCGACUUAUUGAUGAUAAUGACAGACUAUGGUUACUAGAUAAAAUAGGGUAUUCAACUUCCGAAUAUUUUAGGGACAAAAUAACGAUAGCCCUUGAUGAAUAUACAGAUGAGAAUGGCGAAAUAACUUUAGAAUCGUUAAGGAAUUUAAUAUUUGGAACAUUCAUGGAUACCGAGAGUCUUGAAGAAGAGCGAAAAUAUGAGGAAAUACCUAGCAUGCAAGAUUUUGCAAACAUUGCAGAAGCAGGCAUUUAUGAAUACAAUGCAACUCAUAAAAAUAAGCUGAAUAUAGUGUUAUUUAAGUAUGCACUUGAGCAUUUAUCAAAAAUUUGUCGUAUCUUAGCAAUGCCUAGUGGCAAUGGCUUAUUGGUCGGCGUAGGAGGUUCAGGCAGACAAUCUUUGGUUCGCUUGUCUUCUGCACUUAUGGGAUACGCACUUUUCCAGCCGGAAAUAACGAAAAAUUAUAAUUUACAGUUCUGGAGAGAUGACAUAAAAAAAGUUAUGAAAGAUUCAGGAGGUCAAGGUAAGGAUUUAAUAUUUCUAUUUACGGAGAUGCAAAUAAAGGAAGAAGCUUUUCUGCAAGAUAUUGAUAGUUUAUUGAAUUCUGGAGAAGUACCUAACAUUUAUGCGAUAGAUGAGAGGCAAGAAAUAUUAGAAAUUACUAGACUUGCAGCACAAGGUGGAAAUAGAAAUUUAGAUGUCAGCCCUUUACAAGUAUUUUCAUUUUUUAUUAACAGAGUUAAAACUAAACUGCACAUUAUAUUGAGUUUCAGCCCUAUAGGAGGAGCUUUUCGAUCAAGACUUCGUUUAUAUCCAUCUCUAGUUAACUGUUGUACCAUUGAUUGGAUGGAAGGAUGGCCUGAGGAUUCUUUAGAAAUGGUUGCUAAUCGUUACAUGACAGAAAUAAAUAUUCCAGAAGAAGUCAAAAUGAAUGCCACUAUAUGCUGUAAAUAUUUUCAUGUAUGUGCAGUACAGCUAUCGGAUAAAUUUUUCGCAGAAACUGCUCGCAAAACAUACAUAACCUCUGCAUCUUAUUUAGAUUUAAUUAAAGCCUUUUCAGCUCAUACGAACACUAAGCAAGAUGAAAUAAUGACGGCUAAGAUGCGAUACGUAGUCGGAUUAGAAAAGCUUUUAGCAGCAGCUGAUGCUGUUUCAGAAAUGCAGGUAGAGCUAGAAAAAUUAAAACCCGAACUUGUAGUAAUGGCAGAUAAAUCUAAAAAAAUGAUGCAGGAAAUAGAAGUUGAGACUAGAGCUGCUGAAAAAACGUCAGAGCAAGUGAAAAAAGAUGAAAAAGUAGCCAAAGUCCAAGCAGCACAAUCACAAGCAUUGAAAAAAGAAUGUGAGGCCGAUUUAGCAUUAGCUAUGCCAAUUUUGAACGAAGCUUUGGCGGCAUUGAAUACAUUGAAACCUGCUGAUAUAACUUUGGUUAAAUCUAUGAAAAAUCCACCGGCUGCAGUUAAGCUAGUUAUGGCAGCAGUUUGCGUAAUAAAAAAUAUAGCUCCAGAUAAAAUACCCGACCCAAAUAAUCCUGGACGAAAGAUUCUUGAUUACUGGGGACCAAGUAAAAAACUUCUAGGUGACAUGAAAUUUUUAGAAAGUUUGAAAGAGUUUGAUAAAGAUAACAUACCACCUGCAAUAAUGGAUCGUAUACGGAAAGAAUUUAUUCCGGAUAAAACCUUUAAACCUAGUGUUGUUGCAAAAGCAUCAACUGCGGCAGAAGGUCUGUGCAAAUGGAUAAUAGCUAUGGAUUUAUAUGACGUUGUUGCAAAAGUAGUUCAGCCGAAGAAAGCCAAACUUGCAGCAGCAGAAAAAGAGUUUGCUGACACAAUGGCAGUGCUGAAUGAAAAACGUGAACUUGCCGCUCGUUUGGAAGAACGUGUUAGAAAUCUUAAUUCUGCUUUAGAUGAAGCAAAUACUAAGAAACAGCAAUUAGAAGAUGAUGUUAAUUUGUGUAUUAAUAAAUUAUUUAGAGCCGAAAAACUUAUCGGAGGCUUGGGUGGUGAGAAAACAAGAUGGACAAAAGCGGCUGAAAAUUUACAGAAUUUGUACGAUUGUUUGGCUGGAGAUAUAUUAGUUUCUUCUGGUGUUAUAGCAUAUUUAGCACCAUUUACCUCGCAAUAUCGAACAAAUGCAAUCGAAGAUUGGCGAACAAAGUGUAUUCAACUUCAAAUACCCUGUUCAAAAACUUUUUCCUUCGCUGCCACUUUGGGAUCUGAUAUUAAAAUUGAGAACUGGUACAUAGCCGGCUUACCAAGAGAUGCUUUCUCAACUGACAAUGCAAUUAUUCAAGACUCGUCAUACCGCUGGUCUUUGCUUGUAGACCCUCAAGGUCAGGCCAAUAAAUGGAUUAAAACUAUGGAAAAGUUGAAUAAUCUCGCAAUAUUGAAAUUUACGGACGCGACUUAUAUGAAAACUCUUGAGGGAUGCAUUGAGUCGGGAAGACCAGCCUUAAUAGAAAAUAUUAACGAAGAACUGGAAGCCCCACUAGAUCCACUGCUAGCACGACAAACUUUUAGGCAAGGAGGUAUAGAAUUUAUGAGUAUUGGCGAUAGCGUCAUAGAAUAUAAUAAAAAUUUUAAACUUUAUUUAACAUCGAAACUACGUAAUCCUCAUUAUUUACCAGAAGUAUUCAAUAGAGUGACAAUAAUCAAUUUUGCUCUAACUGUUGAAGGAUUAGAGGAUCAGUUGUUAGGAAUUGUAGUUGCAAAAGAAAGACCUGAUUUGCAAGAAAAGCGGCAAAUGCUCAUCAUUCAAAGUGCUGAAAAUAAGACCGCACUGAAACGUACUGAGGAUGAUAUACUUAGAACUUUAUCUGAAUCUAAAGGUGAUAUCCUGGAAGAUGAAUCAGCUAUAGAGAUAUUAGAUUCCUCAAAUCUAUCAGAUGAUAUAAUGAAAAAACAAGAAAUAACAAAAGAAACUGAAAUUAAAAUUGAUGGUUUUCGUAUGAGCUAUAGGCCAAUUGCUAUACAUUCUUCUAAUUUAUAUUACUGUGUUACGGAUUUGCCGAAUGUCGAUCCUAUGUAUCAAUACUCUUUAGGGUGGUUUAUUAACUUAUAUAUUCUAUCCAUAGAGACUAGUAAUAAAUCUAAAGAACUUGAACGAAGGUUGCGAUUUUUGAGAGAAACAUUUACCUAUAAUUUAUAUAGCAAUGUUUGCAGAUCCUUAUUUGAAAAAGAUAAGUUGAUGUUUUCAUUUAUUCUGUGCACAAAAAUUAUGUUAGCGUAUGGAGAUUUAGACCAUAAGACAUUCAUGUUCUUUUUGACCGGAGGUGUUCAUGUUGAAAAUACUUUACCAAACCCUGCUAGUGAUUGGUUAAAUGAAAAAUAUUGGGAUGAAAUGUGUCGUUUAGAUGAUUUGCCAAAAUUCAAAGGAUUCAGACAAAGCUUUGUGGAAAAUCUAGGUAAAUGGAAAGCUAUGUAUGAUAUGGUUAAUCCACAGGACGCAGUUUUACCUGAUCCUUGGAAUUCCAAAUUAACACCGUUUGAACGCCUGAUUGUCAUUCGCUUGAUAAGAGCCGAUAAAAUCACAGCAUCGAUAACAUUGUUUGUUGAUAAAGAAAUGGGUACUAAAUUCAUAAUGCCACCGGGAUUUGAUAUUGCAAAAUCCUAUGAUGAAUCAAGUUGCUUAGCUCCAUUAAUAUUUAUAUUGUCUCCAGGUGCUGAUCCGAUGGAUGCAUUAAUUAAAUUUGCAGAGCAAACAAAAAUGACUGAAAAAUUCAGCUAUAUAUCUUUAGGACAGGGUCAAGGCCCAAUCGCUCAGGUUUUAAUACAGCAAGCCCAGUCAGUUGGAGGGUGGGUAUGCCUACAGAACUGCCAUUUAGCUGCCUCCUGGAUGUCUAGUUUAGAAAAAAUUUGGGAGAGUUUUGAUAUGGAAAAUACUUCUCUACAGUUCAGGCUUUGGCUAACCAGCUAUCCUUCCGAUAAGUUUCCUACUUCUAUAUUGCAAUAUGGAGUGAAAAUGACAAAUGAACCUCCGACGGGACUUCAAGCAAAUCUUAUGCGUUCAUAUACUUCGGAGCCAGUUAAAGAUCCAGAAUUUUUUGACGGAUGCCCCGGCAAGGAGAAAAUUUUUGCUAAACUGUUGUAUGGAAUGUGUUUCUUUCAUGCAGUUGUUCAGGAACGUAGAAAAUUUGGUCCUCUUGGUUGGAACAUACCAUAUGGAUUUAAUGAAUCUGAUUUUCAAAUAUCUGUGCGUCAACUUCAAAUGUUUAUAAAUGAAUUUGAAGAAGUUCCAUAUGUUGCAAUUUGUUACUUAACCGGUGAAUGCAACUAUGGAGGACGUGUUACUGAUAAUUGGGAUCGACGUUGUAUUGUAACAAUUUUAGAUGAUUUUGUUAAUCCCCGUGUAGUGUCUGAUCAGGGAUACUUAUUCGUUGAUAUCGGUCCUGAGUACGGUUUACCAAAGAAAUGUGAAUACAAAGAUUUUAUUCGUACUAUUGAAGCUUUACCACUAAUGCCACCACCUGAUGUUUUUGGUCUACAUAUGAAUGCUGGAAUCACACAAGAUAUGCAAGUUUCGAUGUUGCUUAUAAAUUCUAUGCUCCUGGUUCAAGGGCAAGUCGGAGGUGGAGCGGGUGCUUCAGAUAUCGAAAAAGCUUUAUUAGUUACUAUAAAUGAUAUAGUUACUAAAGUACCGCGACCUUUUGAUAUCGAAGCUGCAAAAAAGAAAUUUCCUGUAGUUUACAGCGAAUCUAUGAACACUGUAAUAUGUCAAGAAAUGGAACGGUUUAAUAAAUUGGUAAUUGAAAUAGUUUCUUCAUUGACUAUGUUGCGGAAAGCCAUUCAGGGAGCAGUUGUGAUGACACCAGCUCUCGAAGUUCUAUCUAAUGCUGUUGUUCUGGGUCGCAUACCACCUUCAUGGGAAAAAGUUUCGUACCCAAGUUUGAAACCACUGGCUGCUUAUUUUGCAGAUUUUCUGGAACGUCUGGAAUUUUUGCGAAUAUGGGGUGAAACAGGUAAACCUUCAAAUUUUUGGCUUUCAGGUUUCUUUUUUACACAAGCUUUUCUUACGGGUGCUUUGCAAAAUUUUGCACGUAAAUAUGUUAUUCCAAUCGAUACAUUAACAUUUGAUUUUGAAGUUUUAUAUGUUGCAAGAGAAAAGCAACCUCCUGAAGACGGGGUUUACGUCUAUGGUAUGUUCGUGGUAGGCGCAAGAUGGGAUUGGAAAAAUUGCCGUCUUGAAGAACAAUUACCUAAAGUUUUAUCUGAUACGAUGCCCCUUAUUUGGUUGAAACCUGUGUUAAUGGUUAAGUUUCAAGAAGGAGCUAGGUAUAAAUGUCCUUUAUAUAAAACUUCGGAGAGGAGAGGAACCUUGUCCACGACGGGACAUUCUACUAAUUAUGUUUUGCCUCUUUACCUGAAUUCGGCUGUUCCAGUAACGCAUUGGAUCAAGCGAAGCGUCGCACUCCUUUGUCAAUUGGAUUGA